UUCAAAAUGAUGAUGAUUAACGAUCAGAAGCGACUUGACUAUCGCAGCUGUCUGCCACUUGAUAUAUCGUGAGUGCCAUAAAAUUCACUCCGAUAUAGACCAUGUUGAAAAUCAGCCUUUUCCUCAUUUUCUGGUCCUUCGUGGCAUUAAAUGUGAACAGCGUAAGGGUCUGCAAUUCUUUCAUCUCUUAUUUCAAUGUGUUGGGAUGUGACUGCUACAACAAUAUCGAUGACACCCUCAAUGUGACGGAAAUUCUUCGACGAUGGAAAUUCACUGCGGAAGAACAUCGUAUAACCACACCUGAUGGAUACACCAUUCUCCUGUCAAGAGCUUAUACAAGUCUCACUAGAAAUUCCCAACCUGUUGUAUUAGGCCAUGGCAUGUUUUCUAAUUCCAUGAGCUUCGUUUACAACGGAAAUAACUCUCUAGCUUACAAUCUAGGUCUACUCGGUUACGACGUUUGGCUGGUGAACUUCAGAGGAACUAGAUAUAGUCGAGGUCACAGGAACUUAACAACUUCUGAUCCAAAAUAUUGGGACUUCAGCUUUCAUCAACUAGGUACCUUAGACUUGGGAGCAGCGCUGACAUAUAUUACACGCAUCACAACUAAAAAAAGCGUAUACAUCGGAUACUCGACUGGUACUACUGUAAGUUAUGUGUACGCCAGUACUAGACCAGUUGAUGCAGGAACAACUUUGAAAGGGAUUAUCUCUUUAGCACCAAUUGGAUACAUCGACGGUGGAUUACCAUUCCAGAAAUACUUUGAUCCGGUUAUUUCUUUCAUAAAAAGAAUUAUAUACAGGUUAUUGCGAGGCGAAGUUUUGAAACGAAACCUGAUAUUGAACCAAGGAAUGAAAACUAUGGCUUUCACUCCGAUUACCAUGUUUGUGGCUCAAGCUAUUCUGGGCGUAUUUGGUGGAUUUGAUUUCAGUCAAAUGGAUCCGUUGACCUAUCCAGUCUUUUUGACCAACGUAUUUGAUAGCGCUGGAGUGAAUCUGCUGGAACACGCUGACCAGUUGAGGAAAACAGGAAAUUUCCAGUGGUAUGAUUACGGUAACGAAGGCAACCUCGCAAGGUAUGGAUCUCCAACACCUCCUCCAUACAGGUUGAAUCUGAUUCCAGUACCGGUGACGAUGUAUGUGGGAAGAAAUGAUCGUGUAGCUCUAGAAAAGCCUGCUCAGAAAACGUACACAGAAAUAGCAAACCGAUUUCGUAAUGGAUUCAAUAUGAUGAAUAAUACCCGUUGGAACCACUUUGACUUCAUAACAUCCAAGAAUCUGAAAACUGAACUAUACAAAGCACUUGUUGAAACUGUCCGAUCUAUGUUUCUUUUGAAAUAGAUUGAAUACGCAGAAGACUAAUGAACUGGGAGAAUCAAUUAUGUUGUGCAAACAAUUUUUCUAAUUGAUAAUAAGUAUUGUUACUCUUCAAUCAGUAUCAAAUACAUGAUUGUCUUCAA